UUUUUUUUUUUACCAUUAUUAUAAUGUUGCCCUCAGUAAAUAUUGCCUUACAGAAAGUGCCCUUGACAGGUUCCUUUGCAGCCUCAGAAUUAAACAAAGUGUUGACAUUUCAACCAUUUAAAGACUGGCUUCAAGCAUUUUCUGAACAGCAAGAAUCGCGUCGUAAUGAAAUGGAUGUCAAUUCGAUCGAUGUCCAAAGUAUUGAUUAUUUUGGGUCAGAAAAAAUCGGUUUUGUAAAAUUCAAAGCCAAUGUUACUUUUAAAGAAACCGGUAAGAAUGCACCCGGCAUUGUGUUCAUGAGAGGUGGUGCUGUUUCCAUGAUGAUUGUUUUAAGAGCAAAAAAUGAGGAGGAUAAAAUUAUAUUGACUCUUCAGCCUCGAGUACCUGUACCCCAUCUUUCUUUUCCAGAAUUGCCUGCGGGUAUGUUGGAUGGUUCAGGUAAUUUUGCAGGUACAGCUGCGAAGGAGAUUGAGGAAGAAACAGGGCUUGUGAUCAAAGAAGAUGAGCUUCAUGAUAUGACUCAGUUGGCUUAUGGUGAUAAAUGGCGAGGUGUAUAUCCUUCCGCUGGAGGAUCAGACGAGUUUUUAAGAUUAUUUGUUUGUAUCAAAAACAUGGAGGGUUCCGAGAUUAAUAAGCUGGAAGGUAAAUUGAGUGGACUCAGAGAUCAAGGAGAAAGUAUCACAUUGAAACUAGUUCCAUUGAAGGAUGCCUGGAAAUCUUCACCUGAUGCUAAGCUGUUAUCAAGUCUAGCACUUUAUCAUUCUCUUAAAAAUAAACUUGUUUAAUAAAAUCAAGCUUUUUGAGAUUUC